CUGAACAGAACGUAGCACAUUCCCCUCCAUUCGUUCAAAUAAGAAUGACUGACGCAGGUUUUUUUAAGGGAACUAGUGCAGAACAAGAUGCUAGGUUCGCAGACAAAAAGAAAAAGCUGAUGAAGACGAUGAAGUUUGGGGAGAAUCUCUCACAAAAAGUUGACAUGUCAAAGAUUAAUCUUGAGUCUAUAAGACCUUGGAUUGUUAAGCGCAUCACUGAACUCCUUAAUUUUGAGGAUGAAGUAGUGUGCGAUUAUAUUUUCAACCAGCUGGAGGAUCUUCAUCCAGAUCCCAAGGAAAUCCAGAUCAAUAUAACAGGAUUUCUAAAUGGCAAAAAUGCUAGGAUAUUUUUGUCGGAAUUAUGGGAUCUUUUGUUAUCAGCUAUGCAGACACCAGAUGGCGUUCCAGCAGCGUUUCUUGAAGCAAAGAAAGAGGAGAUAGCAAAGCGUCAGGAAGAAGAAAAGCAAGUUCAACAUGAAAUGAAACGUAGAGAGGAUGAGUUAAUUGUAAGAGGAACAAAUCGAUUAGUAAAUCCACCGCCUAUGGAACAAACAGAUAGUCAACUGCGUAUUCCACCUACAAAAAGUAAUGGAAUGUCAGAAGCUGCAGAAUUGAAAGUUUCUUCUACUCGUAAUCGUUCUGUUUCACGUACAUCAUCUCCGUCGUCGCCUCGUUCACGUGUACCUGCUAAAGAAAGUCGUGAAAAGCCUGAUAAGAAAACCAGUCGAUCUCGUCGAGAUGACAGUAGUUCUUCGCGUUCACCAGAACCAUCACGUCACCGUCGGCGCCGUCAUCAUUCAUCAUCUGAUCGGUCUUCUAUUGAAAAGGAUCGGCAUUCACGUUCACGUCACCGACAUCGGCGUUCCAGGUCACGGAGUAAAGUAGAACAGAAACCAAAAUCACCUGUCGGUGACUGGAGGAAAGAUCUUAUGGCUGGUCGACGUCGUAGUCCUCCAGAAAUGCCUGAAAGUAGUUAUUAUGGAAACGAAAAACACUCUAAAAGUCAUAAACACUCCAAAAAGCACGAGAAACGAAAACGUUCGCGCAAGUCGCAUCAUAAGUCUCCAGAUGAUCAUCGAUCUCACAGACAUGGUUACGAUGGGGAUACUCGGACUCAUGGUAUACCAGAAACAGAUGAAAGAGAUGUACGUUCAGGUUAUUUAGAACAUUCAAGAAAAGAUGGUUUUGAUGAAAAUUAUAGGAGAUAUGAGGGUCCAGACCCACCUGAUCACUAUGACUAUCGUUCCUCUGGUGGUAGACACAUGCAUGAUUCUGGGUCACACAAUCAUAACAUCAGUCCACGAUCAAGUCGUACACGUCUUAGAGAAUCAGAACGAUCUGUCAGAGAUUAUAAUCGACAUCGCAUACAAGAGGAAGAUGAUGCUAAUACAUAUGUCAGACGUCAUCAGGCUGAAAAAAGGGAAAUAUCACCAAUGCGAAGCAGUAAUACAUCUUUGGCAAAACGUCAAGAAAAUCGUCUUCCAAGUCCGGAGGGUCCUUCAUUGCCACCAGUUGUUUCAAAGCGACCAGCAGAUGUAAAAGUCGUCGAAAGCGUCGUUACCAAGCGUUCAAAACGAAAGGUGUCCGAGUCUUCUUCAAGUAGUUCGUCAAGUUCUACUACCGGCAGUAGCAGCAGCAGUUCUAGCAGUAGUGGGAGUUCCAGUGGCGGUGAUGGCAGCAGCGGCAGUGGAAGCAGUAGUGACGACAGUGAUGAUGAUGAUGAUGGUGAAGCUCCUCAAGCUAAGAUUGAACAACCACCACCAAAAGUCAAAAUUCCAACCAGGGAACCCACUCCUGAAGGUCCUGCCUUACCACCGGAGCUGGUGUGUCCAACUCAACCUGAAGGUCCUGAUCUCCCUCCAACCGUUGAACAAACUAUGGAGUGGUCAGAAAACCCAGUUCAUCCUGGAUCGUCGUCGCCAAGUUCAGCGUCUUCAGGAUCCUCCAGUGAUGAUGAUGAGAAUAAUGAGGGAUCCGGAUCAAGUUCUAGUGGCAGUAGUGAUGAUAGUAGUUCGGAUAGUAGUUCUAGUAGUAGCCGUAGUAGUAGUAAUAGUAGUAGUGAAAGUGACGAUGAUGAUGAGCCCAGUCAGAAACGUGUCAAGUCUAAAAAGAAUGGCAAACAGCAUGCUAAAACUCAUGAAAAAAAUCACUUGUCUCCAGAGGGUCCUGCUCUACCUCCUAGUAUUCCUAGCUCUAAUAAUAAGGUAGAUAUAUAUGUUUGUUCCACUUUAGUUUCUUAUAAUUUGGUAGCCCUAUGUCAGCCUGCUGUUAGGCGGCUGAACGGGGCGGAGGGUAGUGGUGGUGUACUAGUAAGCAGGAAAUUCUGCUGCUUAGGAUUAUGUGGUGAUGAGCGACACUCGUCCAGUCUUUGCUUCAUUAUGUAUUAGUGUAUGCUCAUUUUCUUCUGUACGGCUAACCACUUCUUGUUAUUUCUUUUGAAACAAUAGAACCUAUGCCUCAACGCACACACACACACUACCUACUCUUUUAAAUGCUUUGCUCACGGCUUUUUUAUAUGUCGUUAGGAUUACUGUUUUUCAAAUGUUUGACUCACUAUUUCUCUCAGUAUCUUUUUGCUCAGUAUUAAAUCCUCUUGAUGUAUAUAUGCUUGAAGUGUUAUAUCAUCAAGGGGAACCAUGUGUUUCAUGUAUGUCGUGUGAUGGUUUUAGUAUUUGAGAGCUCUACAUUUAUCUUGAACCUAAGAGUUCCCUACCAACAGUUGAUUGUUCAUCGAUGCGGGGGGUGUAAGGUGGGUUGGAUAGUGUGAAGUUAUGAAGGUUCCUUGAGCUGGAGGUGAGAUGGGCGGAGGGUUAUUACCACCGCUGAUAUCUCAUAUUCUGCAAUAAAAUUCCAAGUUAUCUUCUUGGAGUAGAAUUGCUUACAUGAUGAUGAAUGUUAGCCUCCUUCCAACUGCUGAACGGAGUCGAUAAUAUAGACGCGUAAGCUAUGUCACACAAACUCCUACGUGUCGUUUCCAAACACACACAAGACGCAUAACAUUUAGCUCCUACCAUUUCUUACAGUCCUGUAGGAGGACGAGAAGGUCAGUCUCUGAUUUAGCACUGGGGAUGACUCAGGUUUGAAUCUCAGAGAAAAAAGGGAUAUGAGUUGUAUCAAGAUGGAUGAUACUGGUGUAUGAGUAUGCCAGCAAGCAUGAAACCUCUAGGUCAAAAAGCAGGGCUUCCUGCUAGAUCCCCUAACCUUAACCAUCUGAUAACAGCAAUUCAGAGUGCUCUGUGAUGACGAGCCGAGCUGUUAUGUAGCAUGAUAGCCACUAAUAGAAUCCAGUCUGUACCAAACAAAGCACUAGAAGCAUGCUUUUAGUUAUUUGAAUGUUAUCAAACCUUUUGACAUGCAUAUUUGACUAUUUUGGUAGCUGUUUUGAUAUAUAUAUAUAUAUAUAUGUCUAUCUUGUAUGCAUUUGUGUUAUUUUCCGAAUUGAAUUUCAUCUUUUUCUCUCUUUCUGAAUUUGAUUUUGUAGAAAAUGGAACGUCGUGAAUCAGUUGAAGAAGUUCUACGUCAACGUGCUCUAGAAUCAUUACUUCGCAGUUCACGUAAACGACGCAGUUCCCCUUGACUAGAGAAUCAAUGAUGAUGGUAUUGUUAUUACUGUUUUUGUUGCUGUUAUCUUGUGGGGGAUACUUUCACAGCACUUUUCUUACCUUCACUUGUUUUGUUUCCUACACAGGUACAGGUUUAUCCCUGUUAUCAUUAUUAUAAUAUGAAAUGAGAUUAUGUGAAAUGCUGAAUUUUUAAAAAUGUGAAUAGUACUCCCCAUGAUAUAACUCCCUCCCUUUCACCGCCCCCCCAAUUUCCUCUUCUUCGCUCUCUUCUUCCUCCUACCACGCCAACACCAACAACCUUUGUAUAAAUACACUCCCAGUUUCAAAAUAAAAUUUUAAAUUAUUUGUA